UAUACGUAUAAAUAUAUAUGAAACAUAAAUCAUAUGAUACUAUAUUCUGUUAAGAUUUUAAAAUAUUUGCCAGAAAAUUAACAUUUGCAAAAACAUUUUCUAGACAGCAGAAUUUAUUGAACAAAUUAAGUGAUAAUUAUGGCUAUGGUAUUACCUGAAUUGUACAACCAAUGCAACGACUUAACAGUAUCCACCACCAAGGAUCACCUUUCCAAGUACAAACACCUAAUUAAAUGGAAAAACGAGGAAUCGAUCAUGGAACUUGGGGUUGGUGAUGGAAACUGUUCGAUGUACUGUCUGCAACCCUUUUUGCCGAAUCAUUACAAGGAAUUCGUCGCUAUGGAUAUCUCAGAAGCUAUGUUGGAGUACGCGAAAAAUAAUAUCAACCUGCCAAACACUAGGUUUGUUCAAUGUGAUGUUGGAAGUAAAGAUAUCGACGAUGAGUUUAUUGAAAAGUUCGACCAUAUAUUUAGCUUUUAUUGUAUACAUAUGAUAGAAAAUAUAAGAACAAAAGGGAACAACUAUCCAAAAGAAAUCAGAGAACUCAUAGUAGAAAAAAGGAAGUUAAGAAAAAAAUGGCAGCAAUACAGAGCUCCACGAGACAAAACUAGUCUAAAUAAUGCUACACAAAAACUAAAAAGGGAGAUACAGAAUACAAAAAAUUCAACAAUUAAUUAUUUUUUAAGUAAUAUAACAGCUGACCAGAACACAGAUUAUUCUUUAUGGAAGGCAACAAAAAGAUUGAAGAGACCAAUUAUUCACUCCCCUCCUAUCAAGUUGGAAAACGGCAACUGGGCUAGAAAUCAGUUAAAAAGCACGUUCAAACCCAACGACAAUGAUAGUGAAGAACUGAGAUGGGAAGAACCAUUCCAAACUGAUGAAAGAAUAACAUUGACAUCACUUAGAGAAGUAUCAACAGAGAUAAAAGAGAAUAUAAAUCCUAAGAAAGCUCCAGGAUAUGAUCUCAUUACAGGAGAAUUAUUAAAAAAUUUACCAAGAAAAGCCAUAGUUAAGCUGACACACCUAAUAAAUGCUGCUCUUAGAUUGAGAUAUAUUCUUAGACUUUGGAAAGUAGCCGAAGUAAUUAUGAUCGCCAAACCAGGUAAAUCUCCUAAUGAAGUGACAUCCUAUCGACCAAUAUCCCUCCUUCCGGUGAUGUCAAAACUAUUUGAAAAACUUCUAUUAAAAAGAUUAAAACCAAUAAUAGAAAGAAAAAAUCUUAUACCAAAUCAUCAAUUUGGUUUCAGAAAUCAACAUUCCACUAAAGAUCAAGUUCACAGAAUAACGAAUAUAAUAGAAAAAACAUUAGAAGAAAAUAAAGUCUGCUCUACAAUCUUCUUGGAUGUAGCACAGGCGUUUGAUAAAGUCAGGCAUGACGGUUUAAACUAUAAACUAAGAAGGUUCAUGCCUAAACAGUGUUCAGAAAUCUUGAAAUCAUACUUUGCGAAUAGAUAUUUCAGAGUAAAACAAGAAGAAGUGUACACCGACUUAAGGGAGAUCAAAGCUGGCGUGCCACAAGGAAGUGUCUUAGGUCCAGAGCUAGAACAAAAUACUAUUGCCACCUUCGCGGAUGAUACAGCCAUACUAGCGAUAAGAGACACUAGUGAAGAAGCGACUGAUAAAUUGCAACUAUCAGUAAAUAAAAUACAUAACUGGACCAGAAAAUGGCGAAUAAAAUUAAAUGAGACUAAAUCUGCACACAUUAACUUUACAAAUAAAAAAUAG